UGACGACCGCAUCGUCUCGUCCCUUCUCUCGACCCGACCUCACCUCGCUCGCGCGCCGUCUCUGCUGUGCUCUGCUCUGCCGCGAUCUCUCUCUCUCUCUCUCUCCCAUCCCAUCCCUCUCUCUCUCUCCCCAAAUCGCCAAAAUUUUCUCUCUCCUUCUUCACCCCACCCCACCUCGGAUCGAGACCAAACCAAACCCCUCGCCAAGCCCACUCCGCUGGCCCCGACCCCUAAAUCCCCAAUCAAUUCCGCCCCCCGCCCGCCCGCCCGCCGCCCGAGUCUGUCCGUUCCACCGGAUUCGAUUGGAGCUCCCACCUGUUGUCUCGUGUGAGGCGUUUCUUCUGAAUCAGCUGAUUCGGUGCGAAUUCGGGCGUUCCGGAUGCGCGCAGAGCACAGGCCCGCGGAUCUAGGGUUUCGGAGGAGCUAGGGUUGCUGCUGCCUGCCGCGGCGAUCUGGUGAUGGUGGUGCUGCGCGGCGCCGGAGCUCGGCGAGGAGGAGGGAUCGGCGGCGGGGAGGAAGAUGCAGCGAGGCGGCUAUGCAUGGGUGGCGCGAAGGCGGCGGCGGUGAGGGGUGCGGUAGGAGGCGGCGUCUCGUUCUGCACAUGUGGCCAGCAGCUCGCGUAGAGGCAGAAGCUCCACCACCACUGGCACAAGGACCAGCCACUGUUCCUUCACGUUCGUCUGUUUCCUCUUCACCUCGGACAACCGCUUGCCCCCAAGCGGCACCUGCGUGGAAGCAGGAGCGCGUCGAUUCUCCCCGCCCUCUGUCACCUGACUCCUUUACAAAGGACGGGCGUGAGGUCCGAGUUGGCGAUUGCGCUAUUUUUCGGGCUGUUGAUGUUCCUCCAUUCAUUGGAUUGAUACGCUGGGUUGAGAAAAAAGAAGAAGGCUAUCCCAAAUUACGCGUUAGUUGGCUUUAUAGACCUGCCGACGUGAAGCUUAACAAGGACAUACAAGUUAACACUGCACCCAACGAGAUCUUCUACUCUUUUCACCAGGACGAGACAUCUGCUGUUUCCCUGCUGCAUCCUUGUAAAGUCGCCUUCUUACGUAAAGGUGUUGAGCUGCCAGCUGGAAUUUCUUCAUUUGUAUGUUGGCGCAUAUAUGAUAUUGACAACAAGUGUUUAUGGUGGCUUACUGACCAGGACUAUAUUAAUGAACGUCAGGAAGAAGUAAACAGGCUUCUAUACGGAACAAAGCUAGAAAUGCAUGCUGCAGUGCAGUCAGAUGGGCGCUCACCAAAGCGGUUAAAUGGUCCAUCAGCUUCCCAGCAACUGAAGACUGCUCCAGAUGGUACACAAAAUUGUGGUUUAUCUAAAGGAAAGAAGAGAGAUAGAGGUGAGCAAGGAAUUGAUCCAGCUAAUCGGGAUCGAGAUCGCCUACUUAAGGUAGACGAUAGUGAGCCUGGAAACUUUAAGUUGGACAAUAUGAAGUCUGAAAUAGCAAUGAUAACAGAAAAAGGUGGACUUCCAAACACAGAAGCAGUUGAAAGGCUAGUACAUCUUAUGCAACUUGAUCGAACUGAGCAAAAGAUAGACCUUGCUGGUCGGGUUAUACUUGCUGAUGUUAUUGCUGCUACUGAAAGUCUUGAUUGCCUUGGCAGAUUUGUGCAAUCAAGGGGGCUUCCAGUGUUGGAUAGUUGGCUUCAAGAGGCUCACAAAGGGAAGUCUGGCGAUGGGAGUAGUCCUAAAGAAGCUGAUAAGCCUAUCGAGGAACUUCUCUUGGCCCUGCUUCGUGCACUAGCUAAAUUGCCUAUUAAUCUCAGUGCAUUGCAAAGUUGUAGUAUUGGGAAAUCUGUCAAUCAUCUGCGUGGCCAUAAAAAUUUGGAGAUUCAGAAGAAGGCUAAGUGUCUUGUUGAGAACUGGAAGAAGCGUGUUGAUGCUGAAAUGAAGUCAAAUGAUGCAAAACUUUUAGUAUCAGGUCAAUCUGUUUCCUGGCCAGGAAAAGCGGGGUUCCAAGAAAUUUCUAAUGCAGGAAACAAACGAGGCGGCUCAAGUGAGCACAGUCCAAAAAAUGCAGUGCCCAAUGUUUCUUCACCAAAAGUUUUGACUGAUAAACCUGGGGGCACUGAUGCUGUUGUGAAGUUGAAUCCUGUGGUAUCUGUCUCUUCAAAAUCACAGCAUGUGGAACCGGCAAAUGUUGCCGCCAACUUGAAGGACCAACCCAGCAAAUCAACUGGUGGGACUGGCGGUUCUGAUCUGCCUACUGUGAAAGAGGAGAAAAGCAGCAGUUCAAGCCAAUCACUGAACAACAGCCAGUCAUGCUCUAGUGAUCAUGCAAAAACAAUUGGAUCUUCCUGGAAGGAGGAUGCAAGAAGUUCAACUGCUGCUUCUGGUGGUGCUAGUAAAACUUCUGGAAGUUCUUCACAGGGCCAUAAAAGGGCAAACAAUGGGCUUGUUUCUGGGCACCUGAAGGAAGCUUCCACAGGAAGAUCUGUCUCACUUGAUCGCUCUUUGUUGCUGGAUAAAUCAUCUCAAUCCGGAAUGGCCUCUGAGAAAGGAGCUGACGCACACUGUGAUAACGGAAAUAGUCAUAGAUUGAUUGUUCGGUUUCCAAAUCCUGGUUGUAGUCCUGCUAGAAGUGCAAGUGGAGGCUCUUUUGAGGACCUAUCUGCUACUGGGGAUAGAGCUUCAUCUCCUGUGGUUGCAGAUAAACACGAGCAGACUGAUCGCAGAGUGAAAAUGAAGACUGAAAGUUCUCAGCCUCAUUUAGCUUCUGGUGCUAAUGUCGAGUCCUGGCAUAGCAAUGACAUUAAAGGAGCUGCAGGUUCCGAGGAAGGUGAUAAAUCACCAUGUGCUAUAUUGGAUGAUGAUAACAGCAGGACACCUGAAGAUGCUGGUAAGGAUGCAUGCGCAUCGCAAGUUGCAUGUUCAUCCUAUAUGAACGAAAAAGGCGUCUGCUCAAGUGAAACCAGGGUGGGAAGCUCAUUUAGCCCAAUGAAUGCUCUGAUUGAAAUCAAAUACUCUGAAGCUAGUCAUUCCUUGCAAGCUGGAGAUGAUACAGCAAUGAAUCUUCUUGCUAGUGUGGCAGGAGAAAUAUCUAAAUCUGAAUUGGUUUCCCCAUCUUCUUCACCCAAAAAUACAUUUGCCAAUAAAGAGGUCUGUGAACGUGACAUUGGGAAGUUUAUAUUAAAAUGUAAUGUGGGCCCAUCACAGGAUCCAGGGCCAACGGAUGUUAAGAAAGUCAUUGAGGAGAAGGAAGUGAAAAAUGAUGCUUGUUUGGUUGCAAAGGAGGAACAACACCAGACUGUGCCAUCUCCUGAACCAGCAGAUUCAAAAGCUGUUGGAUCUUCAGCCAAGAUUGAAUUCCAUGAAGAAGAGCGCACAACCAAAUGUUCCUCUCUACCUGCUUCAGUUGAUUCACAAGGUGAUCGUGAUCAGAACUCCAAUUCAUGCCAGUCAGCUAAUACUAAAGUUGUCAUGACGUCUAAUAUGGAUUCAUGUGCAGGUGAAGGUCGGAGUACAUGUACUGUCCGUGGGAAAGCUGAAGAUGGUUGUACAGACAAGACUGGUGCCGCCAAAUCUACAUUGGGCGGCCAGCGUAGUUUGGUUGUUUCAAAUAGAAAUUCAAGAUUGAUCCUUGCUGGGGAAUUCUCAUUAUGUGCUGCUGAUAAACAAGUCCAGGGUUCGUUAAACUCAACCAAUCAGAAGCAGCUUGUGGGUGUAUCGGACCACCCAGGAGCCAUUGAUAGAUUUGACAGUGUGACUGGUAAAUUAGAUUUGAAGGUCUUAGAGGUGAAGAAAGUUGAUGCUUUGGGGUAUGGUAGCACAGUGCAGAAAGAGGAUGAAAAGAGGGAACGCUCUUCUUCCUCUUUGGCUGAUGUUAACAAACUAGUUGUAUCAGCAGCGUCCCCACUUGGUGUGGCAAAUGUGAUUAAGGAAAUUAAAGAAUCAAAAGACAGUUCGGGUGAAUCAAGUAAUCAUGUUAAAUCUGAAGGUAUCAUUUCUCGGCAAAGUGAGCAUAGCGCAAAGCACAGUUCAAAGAAAUCCAGCGACAGUGCGAGUGGAAAAGAGACCGGAAAAGAGGACCAUGUCUCAUCAGAUGAGGCUUCUUCUCUAGCUACUAAGGCCAAGUCAAGUGGGGAUGAUGGGCAUCCCCACUUCGACUUCGACUUGAAUGAAGCUGGGGAUGAUGGGCAUCAGUCUGAGCCAACUACCUUAACUGUUAUAUGUUCCUCUGCAAUCCAUUUACCUAGUCUUUCGCCAUUCACUUCGCCUAUUACAAGUGGCCUGCUGCCAGCUCCAAUAACAGUAGCUGCUCCAGCUAAAGGACCCUUUGUUCCUCCUGAAAACCUCCUAAGAGCAAAGCCUGAGACCAAGUGGAAAGGUUCAGCAGCUACAAGUGCAUUUCGUCCUGCUGAACCGAGGAAGAUUUUGGAGAUGCCCCUCACCACACGUGACAUUCCAGUAUCUGAUGCUGCGGGGAAGCAGUCUCGCCCCGCGUUUGACAUUGAUUUAAAUGUAGCAGAUGACCAUGCUCUCGAGGAAGAUGUUUCACAGAGUUCUGCUCAGACAACUUGUUCUGAAUCUGGAAAUACAAGAAGUCGUGAUGGCUCUUUACGAAGUACUGGCAUUGAGUUUGAUUUGAACAGAGCCGAUGAAGUUGCAGAGAAUGGCCAAUUUACUCCGCAUACUUCCCACAGAGUUGAAGUCCCGCUGUUACCGGCAAGACCAUUACCUGGAGUUUUCUCUAAUACUGGUAUGAAUAGCUCGAGGGACUUUGAUCUCAAUAACGGACCAAGCCUUGAUGAAGCUGGCACAGAACCUGCACCAAGGAACCUACCAGCUAAAAAUACAGGCAGUAUACAAUUCCUACCUCAAGUUCCUGGCGUUAGGAUGAAUAAUGCUGCAAUGAGUAAUAUAUCACCAUGGUUUGCCUGUGCCAACCCUUGUGCUCCUGUAGCUAUACAAUCAUUUUUGCCUGCUAGAGAACAGCCUUACCCAAUUGAGGCAGCCACCCAAAGGAUUAUUGCAUCUACAGCUGAUGGUGGCCAAUUUGGAGGUGGUUCCUGCAGGACCCCAGUUAUUUCAGCAUCACCAACGAUGGUGUUUCACCCACCUGCAUAUCAAUAUGCAGGAUUCCCUUUUACUCCCAGCGAUCACCUUCAAAUGCCGGGAUUUUCAAUUGGAUCGACGUCAUUUGCCAAUUCUGCACCGGCAGGAGUUCCGUAUUUUCCUACCAUUUCUCCAUCGCUUGUUGGGCCAACAGGUGCAUUACCUGCCCAGCAUUCAAGGCAGUAUGCAAUAAAUCUUCCAGAAGGUAGCAGCAGCAGUGGACGUGACAGUAAUCGUAAAUGGAAAAGUCAGGGCCUUGAUCUUAAUUCUGGCCCUGGAAGUAUAGAUGUAGAAGGAAAGGAUGAACGGGUACCUUUACCAGUUAAACAAAAUUUGAUCACACCCCCACAUGCCUUUGUGGAGGAGCAAGGAAGGAUUUACCAAAUGCCAGGCGUAGGAACAAAGAGAAAGGAACCCGAUGGCAGUUGGGACACAGAAAGAUCUACAUACAAGCAAUCAUCAUGGCAGUGAGACCACUUAAGGAUAUCACUUCGCACUGACUUAUGUGUCCAGUGAGCAUAGGUAACUGCAUGUAGAACCUGGGCGGUGUAUUCUUCCCUUGCUGGACAUGGAUUCAACCCAAUGAUGAUGAUGCAGGAUUGUGAGAGGAAACAAAACUUUGAUGUAAUUGUUGUAAAUGUUCAUCAUAUUUCAUGCUUUCAUUGAAACAAUUUUCCUCAACUUGAGCAGUUGCUUUGCUAGAUUUUCUUAGCUGUUAGGCUCUCUUCUAAUUUCCUCAACUUGAGGGUAUGGCUUUAGGGACGGAAUCGUUGUGAUCCUGAUCCUCUUCAUACAUCUGGAGCCACUGUAAUUAGUCCGCUCUGUUUUAUUUUUUAAAAAUGUUGAGCACAUCCUGCAGCUUUCCAUAAGAUUUAGAUGUGACCUUGUGUUUUGUGGGGGAAGCGUUUCAUCAGCUGACCAUGUAAACACUAUGGACCAAAAGUAGCACAUAGCUGCAUCGUCAAGUAUCUUUCGUUGCCGUGCAGCUGUACAAGGAUUUAAGCAGAUCAGCAAGUUAUAUUUCACUGCAGUUUCUUUGUCA